UCGGAAGAGGAGAGACGAGAGCAAAGGGAGGGAAGGGAUGAGAGGAAGGGAGGGGAGAGGGGGAGGUGGCGCGUAGGGGAUGGGAUAGGGGGGAAACACGGGAAGGGUCAUGGGAGAGAACGCAACACACGUCCAUUAUCACCCGUCGUGCGUGCGUGACAUGGGUUCUUCCUUCCCCCACCCUUUCCCCUUCCCCAUCCCCACAUGCCUUCCCAAUCGGCGCUUCCGUCCGUCGUCUUCAGCGCUAUCUCCCACACCCUGCGCUUCCACCCUCACCCUUCGCGUUUCUCCUCCCCGUACGCUUCCCCCCUCCUUCUAGGCUUUCCCCCUCUACUAGCCACGACGUGCUCCCCCGCACAUCGCGCAUGAGGACUUCGCCACACAACAGCCCGCCCACGCUUCUAUCCACAACAGCCCCGCCCACCGCCGCUUCCGGAGCUGGCUUACUCCAGCUCCCUCUCCCGUCCCUGCCAUCUUGGCUCAUCCCACCGCCCCCGCCUAUCCAGCUCGCCCCCACGCCCCGGCCUCUCCGGCCCACCCCACGCCCCCUCCUCUCCGGCUCGCCCCACCGCUCCCCCCUCGUUAACGUCUCGCAUUCGACGCGCGCGCUCCCCCAUCCUCGUCUUCUCCUCCUCCCCUAAUAUCUAUUAUCUCCCCCUCACCCUCGUCCUUUCCUCUUCCCCUCCCAUUCUCGUCCCUUCCUGCUCCCAUUCUCGUAACUUACCUUCCUCCUCCCCUCCUCGUACCUUCCUCCUCCCCUCCUCGUACCUUCCUCCUCCC